AUGUUUCAAGUCAAUCGGGUGAGCUCGGAAAAGGACUCUCAACAGAAUUCAGCAUCCAAACACAUAUCGGAUGAACAUCAAGAUUUCAUGAAUGAAAGUCUUUUACGUGUUAAUGAAGAACAUGGUGAUGAUGUAAUUUUUGUAAAAUCCAAUUCAAUAUUAAACCUCGGAAAUGAUAUCAAGAAGGAAUUCUCAUCUUCAUCACCCACAUAUCCAUCAUCAUCAUCUUUAACAAUUCCUCCUGAAUUUUCUCAUGGAGAAUUGGACGACCUUGAACGAAAAUGUGUCCGAGUAAAACGUUCGGGAGUUGAAAAAUCAUGUUUUCUUAGAUUCUAUUUUAGAGAUGAACGAAUUUUCAAACACAGCACCUCUCCGAUUAGCUAUUUUGUUCCUUGCGACCAGAAAUUACAAAUUUUCAUCUAUUCUCAAUUAUUACAGAAUUUUUACUUGAGGGGAAGCUUUUCUGGAAAACAGAAUCAAUUGCCUUGGAUUGAUUGGAAUUGUGAAGUGUUUGAAAUUAUACCAAUGUUUUUGUAUCCAAAACGAAUGGUUUCUCUAUGUCUACAAUGUUUUGAGGAAUACAAGAAAGGUCAAUCUUUAUUGAUGUUUGAUCACUUGUUGAAACAUUUUCACGAAGAGAGUGUUGUCCAUUCCACUACCACUCCAUCGACGAGUAAGAAACGACAGAAGCAACAUCAGCAACAACACCAUCAACAUUCAGAGAAUGACUGUGAGCAUCACUGUCAUCCUCCUCACGACCUUAUACAUACUCUAGUUUUUAAUCGAAGACGACUGAAAAGAAUGAUGGAACCUCAUUGGACAGUUCCAAAAAUCAGACACACUGAAAACAGUUCAAAAGCCAUACGAGUGAGCGCCUAUAUUGAGCGGCUCUAUCUUUACCUUAAACAUUUAUUUGCAGAAAAAGAAUAUAGCAAAGCAGAGACCAUUUGUAAUUCUAUAUUGUUGCUUUUUGCAACUCAUGGACAAUACUUUAGCAAAAAGAUUUCAGGAUACUUUCCAGCCAUGUGGAUGGAGAGAGAAGAAUUACUUAUCACUCACACCAAAGUGGGAAUGGCCAAUGCCUUUAUGAGAGGUCAUACCUCGCUGUUGGAGAAAACAUUGACGAGCAAAUCAGGAGCAAGAGCAUUUACUAAUACGAAAAUAUUCUCGGAUCAAGCUCACUUAACAUCUUCGUUGCAAGUGGCCUUCUUUCUAUUUCGAUUUGUUAAGGAAGAAAAGAGUUUUGCCUUGUUGAACAAACUGACCCUGAGUUGGGUCAUUUCAUCCUUUUGUCAAGGAUAUCACGAUAUUUUGACGACACGACACUCAGAAUCGUAUAAGGGAAUUGAAUUGGAAACUUUUGAAAAGUUAUUGUUUCGCCUUCCUGGGUUUAUUCAUAAUCAUGAUUUUUUGGACUUUCUUUGCGAGUGUGCACUGAGACAAUCAAAAAUUUCUCUCGUGAGAGAAUAUUAUGCAAGGUUUUAUGAACAUGCACCAGAUGAUAUUUAUGCCAAAAUCAAAUAUAUGAAGGCUCUCAUGUGCUUAUUUAAGGAAGAAGAGAAGCACGUGAUUGUAGCACUCGCAUUGGAAAUUAUUGAGCAGGAUCCUCUUUCAACCAUAGCUGAGAAAGUAUUUAAUCAAUUUUGCUUGGAAAAUUCAAAACCUGCCAUCAAAGUGUCACUGAACACGAGUCAAAUGUUGGUCAUUAUGAAAUCAGAAUGGAAAUGUGUGGAACGAGAUUUCGAAUUGGACUCUCCAUGGCGACUUCUUGUGAAAUGCAUCUUGCAUUGUUGUAAAUCAUAUCCAAGCAAUCAUUUAAAGAAGUUGAUUCACGAAUUCAGAGAAUUCACCCUGCCUGCUUUAGAAUUUAUGGACAUGUGCACCUCGUUAGUGAAUCAUUUGAAAAAGAGAAUCAAAAAUCCCUCCACCAAAUCUUCAGAAAAGAAAAAAGAUCAAAAUAUGUUAUUGGUUUUGUUUACCAUCGGUUUCACCCCUAGAGUAGAGCAUGAAAAUAAUGGCUACCUGUCACAAGCAGAUUUUUCUAUUCUGAAAGACGAGUUAUGGAGUUCGUAUGAAGAUAGAACCUACAUAAAAGCAUGCGAAAUAAUAGAUCGAGCAUUGAGGGCUGAGGAGUGA